AUGCGGAGGAGCCGGAGGAGCUACCUCGCUUUGGUGACGUUGCUGGCCGUGGCAGAUGCAUCUUUCGAAGAUGACGCGGAAAUUCAAGUUAGCAUGAACAAAGCUUGGCCAUACUCAAACCCCACCGAGACGUACGAGUACUAUGACUUCCCGUUUUGCAAGCCGAAAAUCGUGAUGCCGCACUUCAUGACCCUUGGUCAGGUCUUGCGUGGAGAUCGAUUAGUGAAUUCGCUGUACCCAAUGCAUAUGAAGCGACAAGUCCCAAGGACGGUGAUUUGCUCAAGGAGAAUGACUGAGGCGGAUAUUCGUAUGCUCAAAGAAGCCAUAGAUCAGAAUUACAUGUUCGAGCUUUUCGUUGGUGAGCUGCCGAUUGACCGACCAUUCGGCGUUGUGUCGACAAUGGGGAACGAAAAGGAUGAGCAGGUCACUGACAGGUAUUUCCUUGUUAACUACCUCGACUUCAUUAUCGGUUACAACGAAAAGGAGGUGGUGUCCGCAAACGUGACCAGGGAGCUCAACCUAGAGCACCUGGUCGACAUCACCGAGUGGAAAGAGGGAAUGGUGAUCCAGUUCUCGUACUCGGUACAGUGGACACCCCUGCCGCACAUCAUUCCCUCCCAAGCUUUGGAGCUGCAGCUGAAGUCCACGAUGCCGCAUGGGCACCAGAACAUGGACAUUCACUGGCUCGCAAUCAUCAACUCCUUCGUGCUGAUGUUGCUCAUCUUGUCGCUGUUUCUUCUGAUCAUCAUCCGCGUGGUGCGGUCAGAUUUGUCGAGAUACCUCCAAAUUCCAGACGAAGAGCUCAAUGCGGUGGAAGAAGAGACAGGCUGGAAGCUGCUGCACGCGGACGUCUUCCGCGCUCCCAAGCAUAGGCUCUUCUUCUGCUCCGCGAUAGGUGCCGGUGCGCAGAUGACCAGUAUGAUGAUCAUGGUCGUGCUCGUUGGUUGCAUCGGAGCCUACUACCAGCGUGGAGCGGUUGCCUCUGCCGCGGUGAUCUCCUACAUGGUCACAGCUCUUCUAGGUGGAUUUGUGAGUGCCAACCUCUACCAGAAGCUCGGGGGUGAGAAGUGGGCCUGGAACAUCUUUAUGACAGCCCUCUGCUUCAUGGGACCGGCCUUCUUGAUUUGGUCCUUUCUGAACACGGUUGCCAUCUUUUAUGGCUCCACAGCUGCCUUCCCGUUCCCGACCAUAUUGCUGAUGUUCGCAAUGUGGGCAUGUGUUACAUUCCCACUGACGGUGCUUGGUGGGAUCAUCGGGCGGCAUCGAUCCCUGAAGCAGGCGCAGGCUGAGGGAAGUCCUUUCCCGUGCAAAACGAACAAGCUAGCGCGGGAGAUUCCGUCGUGCCGCUGGUACCAGAGUCCAGUGACCCAGUUCUUUGCAUCUGGCUUCCUGCCCUUCAGUGCCAUCUACAUUGAGCUGCACUACAUCUUCAACUCUGUUUGGGGCCCUCGGAUAUACUUCCUCUACGGGAUAUUGCUAUUGGCCUUCACAAUGCUCUUACUAGUCGCCGGCACAGUGACGGUGCUUUUUACGUAUUUCCACCUCAAUGCGGAGGACCAUCGUUGGUGGUGGAGAUCGUUUGGUUCGGGUGUGGCAGUUUCGGCAUUCUUCUACCUGUACUGCAUAUACUUCUUCCUGCAGACAGGGAUGAAUGGUUUCCUUCAGUGUUCGUUCUUCUUCCUGUACUCACUGCUCGCAGCUCACGGCAUCGCACUGAUGCUGGGCUGUGUCUCCUUUUACUGCUCGUACUUCUUCGUGAUCUACAUCUACUCCAGGAUCAAGGCCCAGCCGCCAGCAUUGCUUCGGUUGCUAGCUGCUAGUCUGGAAAGCCGUCGCGUGCCGGCUCAAGCUUAG